AUGGCUCAGUCUCACGUCGAAAUUGCCAAACAGCUCAAACACAACUCGGAAGAGAUAAAGGAGUACUUCGAGGAUCUGUACGCGUGGCAAAGCGAAGUCAGCAAGGAGGUAGGAGGGAACAGUGGAAAGGAGCAGUCGUCCACAGUAAGAAAUGGCCCCGCGAAGGGAAGCAAAAGUUUUGCUGCUAAACUGGAGAAGAAAAAGAAGGACCAUGAUGGACAGGGGCAGAAACUCCAUGGGAGAUCUUCAGAGAUUGUAGAUCCGGCAGCUGCCAAUAUCCUUCAUAGAGAAACAGAAUUGAGACAAAAUAAUAAUGCCUUAAAGAGGGACCAGAAUUCGCUGGAUAGCUAUUACAAUGCGUGGGAUAAACUCAAAAUAGAAGAUAUUGACAAUGGCCAUGAUGGGUCAGGUGAAGAUCGUGAAGGCCACAAUGGGGAAGCAUCGGAGAGAACUGAAAAAGGAGGAUAUUCUGAUGGGAUACUUCAUUGGGAGAGAAAGAUAGAAGAAUUAGCCCCUACUAUCGACACGGAAAGAAGAAACAGCAUGAAUAUCUGCAAUGGUAUUUGGGGAAAAGCAGAAAGAAAAGAUGGGUUAAGUGAAAGUAACAAUUGUGUUCUGAACAGACGAAACGAAGAAGAGCGGUUAAUGAAGAUCGAUUGCAAAGUUUAUGAUAUAUACCUCUCGAAAAACGAAGAAGGAAAAAUAAACUACCAAAAGAGGUGGUACAAUAAAUGUUUAGAAAAUUACAAUGACAUAAUUAACUACAUAGACUUCGAACUAAGCAACAAUAAUAUAUUUUUACAGAUCGAACAAAAUCUAGAUAAUGAAUUAUACAUAGAUGUACUUUCCCAGAAUAAGCAAAUUUUUCUGAAUAAAAAUAUUGAACAGUUAAGCAUCCUUAGGACUAAAGUUCUUGUAAACAGAUCAUUAGUAUAUCAGAGGCUGUCUUCCUAUUUUGAAAGCAUCAAUGAUUGUUCUUCCAUAAUUUUAUUUUACAAAUAUUUUUUACCUGAGCAUAAAAAUUGUGCUAGCUACUGUAUAGGGAAGAAUUCCCUGACGGUGAAUAUUAAAUAUGUGCUUUUCAAGGCAUACUACCUAAGGGGGAUGGCAAGAUAUAAGCUAAAAAUUUAUAAAUAUUCCCUUAAGGAUUUUAAAUUCGCCAAGGAGUGUGCAAAUGAUAUGAACUGUUGUUCCACUCUCAAUAUUGAUAAGUCGAUCCAGCUUCUACAAAAUGUGAUAACCCAAAUUGAUACAAAAAGACGGGCGAGGAGACAAGCUGAAUACACAUCUACCCUUUUGGAGAGAUACAAACUGAAGCCAAGACUGCUAACUAUUCAACUUAUAUCAAGAGAGCAAACUGAGGAAAUUAUACCUUUGGAAAAUAAUAGAAACGAUGUUAAAUGCCUCACGGGGCUGCCAAACGCGGAGGAGCCAAGUACGGGGUGUGCAUCUGGGGGGUGGAAUUCCCCUUCUGAAGAAAGGAAAUACCUAAGGCAUUUCGCACAGGGAGGAAACCCUCCAAAGGUGCAUGAUGGGGGAAAUGCCCCAGUGGGAAAAAAUAGCAGCCUGGGAGCAGUGUCUGAGGGGGAGCACAACACUGUGGGGCAUAAGGACAGGGAAAUCGAAAGAGAUAACCACCACGAUACGGAUAGUAGCCUCACCCUGAGCGAGAGUACCGCGCUGAGUGACGUGGAAGAAACGAAACCGCCCCUCCUCACCAUGUCCAGGGGAGCAAACCUCGGGAAAAACAAAAUUAAAAAUAAGAUAAGCUUCGAGCUCCUUUGGAAUUCAAAUGAAAUAAAAAGCAACUUCAAAAAACAAAUCGAUAUUCUCAAAACUGCUUUUUUGGAAGAACACAUAUUCCAGUUCAACCUCGAUAGGGAUCUUUACGUAGAUAUUCUAGACUCCCUUUUUAAAAAUAACUUCUUGUCCUUAUUUGAAAAUAUGGAUAACGAGGACAUAAAAAUAAAAUUGCAGAGAGACGCCUGCGCAGGAUUACCCCCCAAUGUUGAUAAGGAAAUAGAUAGAACUUCCAAGUCACCAUCGGAUGGCGAAUUGGGAUGUGUAGAAGAAAGGGAAGAUGAAGAAAAACUGCUAAAUUGCGCCGAGUGCGUAGUGCUCAUAGACAUAUUGUACAUCCUCACCAAUGGUGGAAAGGAAAAUUAUGUCCUCCUCUUUGUUGACAAAAAGGAAAGAACAUUGUUGCUAACGUUUUACAAUUUUAUUUUGAAGUAUACAAAUGUGUUUCUCUGCAAUGAAAACUGCCUAAGGGAGAAGACUCUCCUGUUGAAGGGUUUACUCGAAAGGAUAUCUUAA